CCCUCGCCGAGCCGGAGCCGCUGCUGCCGCUGCUCCCGCGCUGAGGAGCACGCCGGGAAUCUGCAGGAGCCGAUCGCGGUGAGCUCAAGAGGAGGUUGAAGUGACAUGGCGAUGCUUAGAGACUGCUGGGAGUGAACAGCCUCUGGCUACAUAGGGACCUGUGGGCUUACUAUCUGGUGCUCCCAUGGAAGCAGGAAGCCCUGGGUUGAACAACAUGAAGUCCCAGUCACUGCAGCUAGUGCUGGAGGAGCAAGUGCUAGCACUACAGCAGCAGAUGGCAGAGAAUCAGGCAGCCUCCUGGCGGAAGCUGAAGAACUCCCAAGAGGCCCAGCAGAAGCAAGCAACCCUUGUGAGGAAGCUACAGGCCAAGGUGUCGCAGUACCGGAGCUGGUGCCAGGAGCUGGAGAAGCAACUGGAAGCCACUGGAGGACCAAUCCCUCAGAGGUGGGAAAGGGCGGAGGAGCCAAACCUGGAGCACGUGCUAAUCCAAUUGGAGGAGGAGCAACAGAGGUGUGAGAGUCUAGCAGAGGUGAACACCCAGCUUCGGCUGCACAUGGAAAAAGCUGACGUGGUAAAUAAAGCCCUUCGGGAAGAUGUGGAAAAAUUGACAGUGGACUGGAUCCGGGCCCGGGAUGAGCUAAUGAGAAAGGAGAGCCAGUGGCGAAUGGAGCAGGAGUUUUUCAAGGGCUACCUGAAAGGGGAGCAUGGUCGCCUUCUCGGUCUAUGGCGGGAGGUGGUCACCUUCCGACGCCACUUUCUGGAAAUGAAGUCAGCUACUGACAGAGAUCUGACAGAACUAAAGGCUGAGCACAUGAGGCUAUCAGGGACUCUGUUAACCUGUUGUCUACGCUUGACCAUGGGAGCACAGUGUUGGGAAUCUAAUGGAUCUGGGAAAAUGGAUGGGAGGGAGCCAGCCCAGUUGCUGCUGCUAAUAGCCAAGACCCAGCAGCUGGAGAAGGAAGCCCAUGAGAAGAGCCAAGAGUUAUUACAGCUUAAGAGUCAAGGGGAUCUGGAGAAGGCUGAACUUCAGGACCGGGUGACCGAGCUCUCUGUUCUGCUGACCCAGUCUCAGAAGCAAAAUGAAGACUAUGAAAAGAUGGUAAAGGCUCUGAGAGAGACAAUGGAGAUCCUGGAAACAAAUCAUGCAGAAUUAAUGGAGCAUGAGGCAUCUCUUAGUAGAAAUGUCCAGGAGGAGAAGUUGUCUUUACAGCAGGUGAUCAAGGAUAUAACCCAGGUCAUGAUGGAAGAAGGGGACAAUAUGGCCCAAGGCUCUGGUCACAAGAGCUCUUUGGAAUUGAACUCUAGUGGCUUCUCCCAGUUUGAUUCCCAGGCUCCAGACAAGACUCUUACUCUGGUGCGUUCAGUGCUGACUCAGAGACGCCAGGCUGUACAGGACCUAAGCCAGCAGCUUUCAGGCUGCCAAGAGGCUGUGAGCUGCUUGCAGCAGCAGCAUAAUCAGUGGGAGGAAGAGGGCAAAGCCUUGAGACAGCGGCUGCAGAAGCUCACUGGGGAGCGGGAUACUCUGGCAGGGCAGACUGUGGACCUCCAAGGAGAGGUGGACUCUCUCAGCAAGGAGCGAGGGCUCCUGCAGAAGGCCAGGGAAGAGCUGCAGCAGCAACUGGAGGUGCUGGAGCAGGAGGCGUGGCGCCUGCGAAGGACAAACAUGGAGCUUCAGCUGCAGGGGGACUCCGCUCAGGGUGAGAAGGAGGAGCAGCAAGAAGAGCUGCACCUGGCUGUCCGGGAGCGGGAACGCCUUCAGGAGAUGCUGGUGGGCCUGGAAGCCAAGCAGUCAGAAUCACUCAGUGAACUGAUCACUCUUCGGGAAGCCUUGGAGUCAAGUCGCCUAGAUGGGGAGUUGCUACGGCAAGAGCAAACAGAAGUGACUGCAGCGCUGGCUAGGGCAGAGCAGUCAAUUGCAGAGCUGUCGAGUUCUGAGAACAGCCUGAAGGCAGAAGUAGCUGAUCUUCGGGCAGCAGCUGUCAAACUCAGUGCCUUAAAUGAGGCUUUAGCCUUAGAUAAAGUUGAACUGAACCAGCAGCUUCUCCAGUAGUUAGAGCAAGAGAACCAGACUGUGUGCAGCAGAAUGGAAGCAGCAGAGCAGGCAAGAAACGCUUUGCAGGUGGACCUGGUGGAGGCAGAGAAGAGCAGGGAAGCCCUGUUGGAAGAGAAAACUCACCUGGAGGCUCAGCUGCAGAAAGUGGAGGAGACUGGGGUUGAGCUACAGGCAGAUCUUAGGGGAAUCCGAGAAGAGAAGGAAGAAAUUCAAAAGAAACUAAACGAGGCACGCCACCAGCAGGAGGCAGCCAUAGCUCAGCUGGAGCAGUUGCAUCAGGAGGCCAAGCGACAGGAAGAAGUGCUUGCCAGGGCAGUCCAGGAGAAGGAGGCCCUAGUCCGAGAGAGGGCGGCUCUGGAGGUGCGGCUGCAGGCCAUGGAGCGGGACCGGCAGGACUUUGCUGAACAAGUACUAGAGCUCAGCUCAGCCAAGGAGCUACUGGAGAGCAGUCUAUUUGAAGCCCAACAACAAAACUCUGUGAUAGAGGUCAUCAAGGGGCAGCUGGAAGUCCAAAUUCAAACUGUCACUCAAGCCAAGGAGGUAAUCCAAGGGGAAGUGAGGUGCCUGAAGCUGGAACUGGACACUGAACGGACCCAGGCAGAACAGGACCGGGAUACGGCAGCGAGACAGCUGGCCCAGGCUGAGCAAGAGGGACAGAUUGCCCUGGAGCAACAGAAGGUGGCCCACAAGGAGGAGGUGAACCAGCUUCGGGAAAAAUGGGAGAAAGAGCGUUCCUGGCACCAGCAGGAGCUGGCUAAGGCUCUGGAGAACCUAGAGAGGGAAAAAAUGGAUCUGGAAAUGAGACUGAGAGAGCAAGAGAAAGAAAUUGAGGCCAUCCAGGCGCAGAGGGAAGAAGAACGGACCCAGGCCCAGAGCGCCCUAUGCCAGAUGCAGCUGGAAACAGAGAAGGAAAGAGUGUCUCUCCUGGAGACACUGCUGCAAACCCAGAAGGAGCUGGCAGAUGCCAGCCAGCAACUGGAACGGCUGAGGCAAGACAUGAAGGUCCAGAAGUUAAAGGAGCAGGAGACCACUGGGAUGCUGCAGACCCAGCUUCAGGAGGCUCAGCAGGCACUGAAGGAGGCAGCCCAGCAGCACAGAGAGGACCUUGCUGCCCUCCGAGAAGAGAGUGGCACCCUGCUGCAGAAUAAGAUAGACCUGCAGAAGCAGGUGGAGGACUUGAAGUCUCAGUUGGUGGCCCAGGAUGACUCCCAGAGGCUGAUUGAGCAAGAGGUUCAGGAGAAGCUGAGAGAGGCCCAGGAGUAUAGCCGAAUUCAGAAGGAGCUGGAGACAGAGAAAGCCAGCUUGACUCUGUCACUGGUGGAAAAGGAACAGAGACUCCUUGUUUUACAAGAAGCUGACUCAAUUCGAGAACAAGAGCUGAGUGCCUUGCGCCAGGACAUGCAGGAGGCCCAGGGAGGGCAGAAAGAGCUUAGUGCCCAGGUGGAAUUACUGAGGCAGGAGGUGAAGGAAAAGGAGGCUGACUUUCUGGCCCAGGAAGCACGGCUGCUGGAGGAGCUGGAGGCAUCUCAGAUCACGGAGCAGCAACUGCGAGCUUCCUUGUGGGCCCAGGAAGCCAAGGCAGCCCAACUACAGCUGCACCUGCGCAGCACAGAGAGCCAGCUGCAGGCGCUGGCUGCUGAGCAGCAGCCUGGGAAUCAGGCCCAGGCCCAGCUGGCCAGCCUCUACUCUGUCCUGCAGCGAGCCUUGGGGUCUGUCUGUGAGAGCAGGCCUGAGCUGAGUGGUGGGGGAGACUCUGCACCCUCCUUCUGGGGUCUUGAGCCAGAACAGAAUGGAGCUAGAAGCCUCUUUAAAAGAGGGCCCCUCCUGAUUCCUCUCUCAGCUGAGGCAGUAGCAGCUGCCCUCCACAAGCUUCACCAAGAUCUGCAGAAGACUCAGCAGGCCCGGGAUGUUCUGAGGGAUCAGGUCCAGAAGCUGGAACAACGUCUAACUGAUACUGAGGCUGAGAAGAGCCAGGUCCACGCAGAGCUACAGGAUCUGCAGAGACAGCUCUCCCAGAACCAGAAAGAGAAAUCCAAGUGGGAAGGAAAACGGAACACCCUGGAGUCUGAGCUGAAGGAACUGCAUGAAACUGUGGCAUCUUUACAAAGUCGCCUACAGCGAGCAGAGCUACAAAAAAUGGAAGCCCAGAAUGAGCAAGAGUUACUCCAGGUGGCUAAGGAGAACCUGAUAGCCCAAGUGGAGCAUCUACAAGCAUCGAUUGCAGAGGCCAAGGCUCAGGCAAAGGCUGCUGGGGUCCUGGAGGAAGACCUGAAAACAGCUCGCUCAGCACUGAAACUGAAAAACGAGGAGGUGGCAAGUGAACGUGAGAGAGCUCAGGCUCUGCAAGAGCAGGGCGAGCUGAAGGUGGCCCAAGGGAAAGCCCUGCAAGAGAAUUUGACUCUCCUGGCCCAGACCCUCUCUGACAGAGAUAGGGAAGUGGAGACUUUGCGGGGGGAAAUCCAGGAACUGGAGAAGCAGCGGGAAAUGCAGAAGGCUGCUUUGGAACUACUGUCCCUGGACCUGAAAAAGAGGAACCAAGAAGUGAAUCUGCAGCAAGAACAGAUUCAGGAGCUGGAGAAGUGUAGGUCUGUUCUAGAGCACCUGCCCAUGGCCGUCCAGGAGCGAGAGCAGAAGCUGAUUGUGCAGAACGAGCAGAUCAAAGAGCUUGAGAAGGAUCGGGAGACUCAGAGGAACAUCUUGGAGCAUCAGCUUGUAGAACUUGAGAAGAAGGACAAAGUGAUUGAAUCCCAGAGAGGGCAGGUUCAGGAUCUGAAAAAGCAGUUGGUUACUCUAGAAUGCCUGGCCCUGGAACUGGAGGAAAACCAUCACAAAAUGGAGUGCCAGCAAAAGCUGAUUGAGGAGCUGGAGGGCCAGAGGGAAAUGCAGAGAGUGGCUUUGACCCACCUGACUCUGGACCUGGAAGAAAGGAGCCAGGAGCUGCAGGCACAGAGCAGCCAGAUCCAUGAACUGGAAAGCCACAGCACCCUUCUGGCUAGGGAGCUGCAGGAGAGGGACGAGGAGCUGAAGUGUCAGCAAGAACAGAUCGAGGAGCUGCAGAGGCAGAAGGAGCAUCUAACUCAGGACCUUGACAGGAGGGACCAGGAGCUGAUGCUGCAGAAGGAGAGGAUUCAGGUUCUAGAAGAUCAAAGAACGCUGCAGACUAAGAUCCUAGAGGAGGACCUAGAACAGAUCAAGCUGUCCUUGAGAGAACGAGGCCGGGAGCUGGCCUCCCAGAGGCAGCUGAUGCAGGAGCGGGCAGAAGAAGGGAAGGGCCAGAGUAAAGUGCAGCGUGGGAGCCUGGAGCACAUGAAGCUCAUCCUGCGUGACAAGGAGAAGGAGGUGGAAUGCCAGCAGGAGCAGAUCCAGCAACUUCAGGAGCACCAGGACCAGCUGGAGCAGCAGCUCCAGGACCUGCACAGGAAAGUGGGAGAGACCAGCCUACUCCUGACACAGCGAGAGCAGGAGAUAGUGGUCCUGCAGCAGCACCUGCAGGAGGCCAGAGAGCAGAGGGAGGCUAGAGAGCAGUCCCUUCAGGCUCAGUUGGGAGAGGCCCAGAGGGCGCUGGCCCAGCACGACCAGGAACUUGAGGCCCUGAAGCAGGAACAGCGGCAGACCCAGGAGGAGGAGGAGAGUGCAAAGGAAAAGGCAAGCAAGCUGCAGGCAGCUCUGGAACAAGCCCACUCGACACUGCAGGAGUGCCAGGGAGAGCUUGAGGACCACAAAGAGCAGGUGCGAAGGCUCCAAGAAGAGCUGGCAGCAGAGGGACGGCGAGUGCAGGCCCUAGAGGAGGUGUUGGGGGACCUGAGGGCUGAGUCUCGGGAGCAGGAGGAGGCCCUGUUGGCCCUCCAGCAACAGUGUGCUGAGCAGGCACAGGAGCAUGAGGUGGAGACCAGGGCCCUACAGGACAGCUGGCUGAAAGCCAAGGCCAUGCUUAAGGAACAGGAGCAGGAGCUGGAGGCUCUUCAAGUAGAAAGCAAGUCCUUCCAGCAUCAGGGAGAGGCUGCCAGGGGCCAGGCUGAGGCUCUGCAGGAGGCGCUCAGCAAGGCUCAGGCUGCACUGCAGAAGAAAGAACAGCAUCUGCUUGGGGAGGCAGAACUGAGCUGCAGUCUGGAGGCCAGCACUGCCACACUGCAGGCCACCUUGGACACCUGCCCAGCACGUGUCUUGCAGCUGGAGGAAGACCUAAGGAUGCGAGAAGGUGAGAUUCAGGACCUGGGUCUCCGACAUCAGGAAGACCUGCAGCAGCUCCAGCAGGCACUUGCCCAGAGGGAUGAAGAGCUGAGACAACAGAAGGAACAGGGGCAACCACUGGAGAAUCUGGGCCACAGGGACCAAGAGGAGCAGAAUUGGGGUCAGGAGAGAGAGGAAGAAGAGAUGAGGAGCCUUCAUCAGAGGCUAAAGGAGCUACAGCUGACUCUAGCACAAAAGGAGGAAGAGAUCCUGGAGCUAAGGGAGGCCUCACACCACAGGGCCUCUCCAGUAGAGGAACCAUCUCUGAAUUUUGAGUCUUUAGGGCCCAGGCUACAGCGGGACCCAGAGCAGCUACAGGCAGCCCUGAGGCAGACAGAAGCCAGGGAGAUUGAGUGGAGGGAGAAGGCCCAGGACUUGGCACAGUCCCUGGCCCAGAGCAAGGCCAGUGUCAGCAAUCUGCAGGAGAUAGCUAUGUUUCUACAGGCUUCUAUCCUGGAGCGGGACUCAGAACAACAGAAGCUGCAGGAUGAGCUGGAGCUCACCAGGCAAGCUCUGGAGAAGGAGCGUCUAUACAGCUCAGGCUCAGCCCGCAGAGCAGAACCGGUGUCCAGUGGAGAGCAGGGAGUGCAGCUGGGGGAGUUCUCAGGAGUGGAGGAGAAGCAGCCAUGGAGACAAAGGCUCGAACACCUGCAGCAUGCGGUGGCAUGGCUGGAGAUUGACCGGAGCAGGCUGCAGCACCACAACAUCCAGCUGCGGACCACCUUGGAGCAGGUGGAGCGAGAACGGUGGAAACUGAAGAGGGACUCCAUACGCGCAUCCCGGGCAGGGACCCUGGAGGUCACCAAGGCCACAGCUUCAUCCACACUGCAGGAUGGAGAAGGACGAAAGAGCUCUCCAGAUGCCAAGUAUAUGGUUGAACUGCAGAAAGAGGUAGCUCUGCUGCGAGCCCAGCUGGCCUUGGAGCGGAAGCAGAAGCAGGACUACAUUGCGCGCUCAGUGCAGACCAGCCGGGAGCUUGCAGGCCUGCACCAUAGCCUGUCACACUCACUUCUUGCUGUGGCCCAGGCUCCUGAGGCCACAGUCCUGGAGGCUGAGACCCGCAAGCUGGAUGAGUCCCUGACUCAAAGUUUGACAUCCCCAGGGUCAAUCUUGUUACUCCCCAGCCCAAGCCCCAGCACUCCCCAGGCCACUUCCAGGUAGCAGCCACAGCCAGGACAGGCCCUUAGGUCAGCCUGGGAACACACAGACAGAUGACUGUAGAGUAGGUCACAGUCCCUCCACACAGCUACAGGCAUGCUAAGGGUAUGGCCUGGCUCUGUUACCCUGCCUGGGAGCCCCAGGUCAGGUGAUGCUCCCAGGAAGAAGAAGGAAACCUGCAAGGCUGUGGAGGGCCCCUGCUCACCUGGCAGCGAGCUACCCUUGCAGUCACGAAGAGGAGGACCUUGCCCUGACUGCGGGGCAUCAACUGCCUCUUGUCUAGAAUUUAUUUUCCUAGAACUUCACAUUCUCCCUCAACUUCCCCUUCAACAAUAAACCCUGAAUUUUUGCUUU